UUUCGGCUUUUUCACUCCGUUUCUGCGAAAGAAAACAGUUUUUUGACAGAAUGGCCUCUCCUGCAGCUGGAUGCGUAUUCCAGACCCCUAAAGCCAGCCACAUGAGGAGGCCUGGGGGCAGCGGAGGCAGCCCGAUCACCAUCCCUGCCUCACCUUUCAUGAAGAAAUUGGGUUGUGGGACUGGGGUCAACGUCUACCUCCUGAACCGACCAGGAAAGCUGAAUGCGUCACCCUGGGCUGUGAAGAAGAUCAAUCAUCUAUGUAAUUCCAAACAGACUGUUGUUUACCAGCAGCGGCUCAGUGAAGAAGCUAAAAUCCUGAAGGAAAUUAAUCACCCAAACAUUGUUGGUUUCCGUGCUUUCACUCAGGCCAAAGAUGGCUCCAAGUGUCUGGCCAUGGAGUACGGAGGGGAGCAGUCACUGAACGACCUGAUAGAGAAGCGGCGGAAGGAGGGCCUGAAAGCAUUUCCGGCUGCCAACAUAGAGAAAGUGGCACUGCAUGUGGCUCGUGGCCUGCAGUAUCUUCACAACGAGAAGAAGCUUCUGCACGGUGACAUGAAGUCCUGCAACGUGGUGAUCAAGGGCGACUUUGAGACUGUGAAGAUCUGCGAUGUUGGCGUGUCUCUGCAGCUCGAUGAAAACAUGAGAGUGUCUGACCCGGACGCGGAGUACAUUGGCACCGAGCCGUGGAAGCCAAAGGAAACCCUGGAGGAGGGAGGAGAGGUCACUGACAAGGCAGACAUCUUCGCCUACGGCCUGACUCUGUGGGAGAUGAUGACUCUUUCUAUGCCUCAUCUGGAGAUGCUGGACGACGAUGAUGAUGAUGAUGAAGAGGGAGAAGGCGACUCCAUGGAGGAGAGCUUCGACGAGGACGGCUACUACGAGCGACUGGGGACGCGUCCGGCGCUGGACAGCGAGGCCCUGGGCGACUCGUACCGCAGGAUGGUGGAGCUCUUCUAUCUGUGCACGGAGGAAAACCCCAAGAAGAGACCGUCAGCCAGUCAGAUCGUCCAGGCUUUAGAGCUGAACACAGCGCCCCAGAACGUCGUCGACUGACGGCUGUAAAAUAAAACCUGGUCUUUUUAGUUUGACAGAUGAGGGUUUUCAGGAAUGGGAUUAAAGGAUAGAACUGAAUUCUGUCACUGUUUAGCUCUAACUUUUACACAACAGCUGUUACUAUAUCUGCACUACAAGAGAACUCACUGUAAUCCUGCUUUAUUUUCAUGUUGUUCCUCUGUAUGUCAGGCUGUUUCAUACUGUAUGUUGUUGCUUUAUACUAAAAAUUAAUUUACUUUCACUGUUUAUUCUUGGGAACUUUCAAGAGUCACAUGUGGAUUUAAUUCCUACUUUUUACAUAAAUAAACCAAAAUAGACUAAAAGUUCAGAGACCCCGGUAUAAAGGCACCAAAUCAUGAAUGAAUGAAUCACCACUUUAUAAAGAAAUCUGAGUCAAUCAGAUAAUUUACCAACAGGAAAAAUUUAAUGUAUCAGUGGUGAACUUUUAUUAAAGCACAAAAACA